GCAGAAAAAACCGUUACACCCGUCAUUCCCUUCACCUUCACUCAUCACCACCGCAUCCCCCUGCCACCACUACCACCACCACCACCACCAUUCCUACCUCCAAUGUAGAAUGCAGAAGACACAACCCCACCUCCCUAAGCCUCAGCCAGAUCCUCCUUGGCAUUAUUCCCCUUGAUUUCAAUUUCCAACAUCAAAUAGCACAUUAAAAGACACACAAAACAAACAGACAAACAACCUUUGAUUACAAACAAAACACUAUAACCUUCAAACCAUUUCUUUGUUUUGGAGGUUGAAAAACUAAGAUUCCAUCACCACCACCACCACCACCGAAAUCACCACAACCACCACCAUGACGACAAGCAUCGUGAAGGAGAUCCUGGCGAGGCCGAUACAGAUGGCCGACCAUGUCUCAAAGCUCGCGGACGAGGCCGAUCAGAAUUUCCGCCAGGAAUGUGCGGAGCUGAAAGGCAAAACAGAGAGGCUCGCCGGCCUCCUCCGCAGCGCGGCGAGGAACAGCAGCGACCUCUACGAACGCCCGACCCGGCGAAUCAUUGACGACACGGAGCAAGUCCUCGACAAAGCCCUCACGCUCGUCAUGAAAUGCCGCGCUAGCGGCCUCGUCAAACGUCUCUUCACCAUCAUCCCCACCACCGCGUUCCGCAAAACCUCCCAGCAGCUCGAGAAUUCCAUCGGCGAUGUCCAGUGGCUCCUCCGCGUCUCCGCCUCCGCGGACGAGCGUGACGAUGAGUACCUCGGCCUCCCCCCAAUCGCCUCUAACGAACCCAUCCUCUGCUUGAUUUGGGAGCAGGUCGCAAUCUUGCUCUCAGGGUGUUCGUUAGAUGACCGAGGGGAAGCCGCUGCCUCAUUAGUCUCUCUCGCCCGCGAUAACGACCGAUACGGCAAGCUUAUCCUCGAAGAAGGUGGUGUUCCGCCGCUUUUGAAGCUUCUCAAGGAAGGGAGAGGGGAAGGUCAAGAGAACGCUGCCCGGGCCAUCGGCCUUCUUGGCCGAGACCCGGAGAGCGUGGAGAUCAUUGUAAAUGCUGGAGUUUGCUCAGUUUUCGCGAAAAUCCUCAAAGAAGGUCACAUGGCUGUUCAGAUCAUGGUGGCGUGGGCGAUUUCGGAACUAGCCGAGAAUCACCCCAAAUGCCAGGACCAUUUCUCUCAGAACAAUGCAAUUCGCUUGCUUGUUAGCCAUCUCGCAUUUGAAACCAUUCAAGAACACAGCAAGUAUGCAAUUCCAACUAGACAGAACAUGGCUUCAAUUCAUUCUGUUCUAAUGGCAAGCAAUGCCACCGGCACUGACGCGAAAACAGUUCAAGAAGAUGAAAGGAACACGGUUUCUCACCCAAUGGGGAGCCAAUCCACCAGCCAAAUGCACAAUGUGGUUGCAAACACAUUGGCCUUGAAAGGCAAGAAUAAUAAUUCUGAUGGAUUAGGAAACAAUGAAAACAACAACUAUGGAAACAACAGUGCUAAUGCUAGCAAUGUUAGUGCAAAACACCACAACCAGUCACAUGUUUCUAUAUCAGGAACAAGUAUUAAAGGGAGGGAAAUGGAAGAUCCAUACACAAAGGCGCAGAUGAAGGCCAUGGCGGCGAGAGCACUGUGGAAGCUAUGCAGGGGAAAUGUCACAAUCUGCCGCAUCAUUACUGAAUCAAGAGCGCUUCUGUGCUUUGCUGUUCUCUUGGAGAAAGGUCCAGAUGAGGUCAAGCUUUACUCAGCGCAGGCUCUGAUGGAAAUCACUGCUGUGGCGGAGAAUCACUCAGAGCUGCGGCGCUCCGCCUUCAAACCAACCUCUCCUGCUGCCAGAGCGGUGGUGGAACAGUUCCUCAAGAUCAUUGAGAAGGCUGAUGAUGAUGAACUGCUCGUGCCUUGUAUUCAAUCCGUCGGUAACUUGGCGAGAACUUUCAGAGCAACUGAAACAAGGUUGGUUGCUCCUCUAGUGAAGCUUCUGGACGAAAGAGACGAUCCUGUUCCCAUGGAAGCAGCGACUGCCUUGAUCAAAUUCGCCUGCACUGAUAACUACCUCCAUGAAACUCACUGCACCGCGAUUAUAGAAGCUGGUGGUGCAAAGCAUUUGAUUCAGCUUGUUUACUUUGGGGAUCAAAAUGUGCAAAUCCCUUCUUUAAUUCUUCUUUGUUACAUAGCUCUGCAUGUUCCAAAGAGUGAGACUCUGGCUCAAGAAGAGGUGCUGAUAGUUCUUGAAUGGUCCACAAAGCAAGCGCAUCUAAUAGGAGUUCGUGCCAUUGAAGAACUGUUACCAGAAGCUAAGAGUAGAUUGGAACUCUAUCAGUCAAGAGGUACCAGGGGAUUUCACUGAUUUUUAACAUUGUCUGCAGAAACACUGAGAUGAUCCUUUAUGUUGUUUUCGACAGUCUUGCAUGAUGAGUGUGUAGUGUAUAAUGUGUAUAGAGAUAUAGAUUACUAAAUUAGCAAAUGAAAUGCUUUCUUGUUACAUUCCAACCUUUGGUAUUGGUAUGUCUGCAAUUUGAUGCUUAGAUGGAAGAUAAACAAGAAAAUUAGAGACAAAAUUAACCCUUUCAAAUGCUAAU